GCAUUGUCGCCGGGGCUCAGUCCUCUUCCGCCGUGUCUCUCUCUCGCACUCUCUAGGAGGUCACCGGAGCUCUGUACACUUCCGACGUGUCUCUCGCACUCUGAAAGCUACUGCUGAUUUGCGCUGUUUCAAGCUCUAUACACCAUUGCAAGGACAGAACAUAACAACUAAUCAAAAUCUUGGGAAAUCAAGUGCUCAAGUCUUUUCUAUGUUUUCACAACGUCAUCUCUCUCCACAACUGUAUAUACAUCAACGACAAACACCUUGCGAUGUCAAUGCUCAACCAUCCAAAUGUCGAAAGCUCAAAAGGUACCCUGGAAAAACAAAAAUCUGCAGUCUGAGACUCCCUAUCUCUGAAAACUUGCCUUCCAAAGCCCAUUCUCAAUCUCCCUCGACAUUUCUGGAAUAUGUUGAUGGUAGCACAGCUGGUCAUUGGCUUCAGUCCUGCUCUAAGAUUGAGGAAGUUAAGAAGGUACAUACUGUUGUUCUAAAGUAUUUAAAGGAUCCAGGAGUUUAUGUUAACAAUAACUUGAUUAGUAUGUACAUAAAAUUCGGAAACUUGAAAGUUGCUCGCGGCGUGUUUGAUGAUAUGUCGGAGAGAAAUGUCGUUUCUUGGACUGCAAUGCUGAAUGGCUAUGAAAGACACGGUGAUGCGACUGAAGCUUUGAGUCUAUUCAUGGAGUUUGUCAACAGAGGUUUCUUAGGUAAUGCGCAGACGUACGUUUGUAUACUGAACUUGUGCAGCCGAGUUUAUGAUUUCGAUCUCGGAAGACAGCUACAUGCUCGUAUUAUAAAGACCCGAGUGAGUAAUUUGAUUCUUGAUUGUGCUGUUUUGCAUUUUUAUGCUCGGUGCUGCGAUCUCGAUUCUGCAUUCGAAGUCUUUGAUCGAAUUCAGAACCGGGAUUUGAUUGUCUGGACAACCAUGAUCACAGCUUGCUCGCAAAAUUUGCGCGGGCAGGAGGCUUUUGUUCUUCUAUCAGAAAUGCUGUUAAAUGGACUUGAUCCGAAUGAAUUUACUCUUUGCAGUGUAUUGAAUGCUUGUGGUGAGGAAAAGGAGCUACGAUUCGGGAAACAAAUACACAGUCUCGUCGUUAAAAGGGGCUAUGUCGUCGACGUAUAUAUCGGGACUUCUUUGGUCGAUAUGUAUGCCAAGUGCGCGAAAAUCGACGACUCAAGGGCGAUAUUCGACAGUAUGAACAGGCGUAACGCUAUCACGUGGAAUUCUAUAAUAUCGGGAUAUGCUCAAAACGGAAUGGGAGAUGAAGCUAUAUCACUCUUCGUAGUGAUGACAAGAUUAAAAGUGCCAGGAAACAGCUUAACCAUGGUCAGCAUCCUUCGAUCUUGCGGCUUACUCCGCGCUUUAUCGACGGGUAAGGAAGUUCAUGCUCAAAUUGUCAAGAAAUACUUACCGACCAAUAUUUUCAUCGGGAGCGCGCUCGUGUGGUUCUAUUUCAAGUGUCGGGACUACACUUCCGCGUCCGACGUUCUCCGGAAUCUGUCGAAUAAAGACGUAGUUUCAUGGACCGCAAUGAUUUCCGGCUGUUCUGGCGUCGGCCACGAAUACGAAGCGCUAGAAUACUUGAAAAAAAUGUUGGGCGAAGGUGUCGAGCCGAACUCGUUCACUUAUUCGUCAGCGCUGAAAGCGUGCGCGAAAUUGGAGGAUAUUCAGCAGGGCAAACUUAUUCAUUCGUCGAUAAAUAAGACCCCGGCAUUGUCGAACGUGUUUGUCGGCAGUGCUUUGGUUAAUAUGUAUUCGAAAUGUGGGUAUCUUCCGGAGGCUGUUCGAGUGUUCGAUAGUAUGCCGGAGAAGAAUUUGGUGUCGUGGAAAGCUAUGAUUGUAGCUUAUGCUCGAAACGGGCUUUGCGACGAGGCUUUAAAGCUUGUGUAUCGGAUGCGGGCUGAAGGCGUCGACGUCGACGAUUAUGUACUUUCUGUUGUUCUUACGUCCUGUGGAGAUUUUAAAUGGCACCGGGAACGUUCUUCACUGCCUGAGCAUUAUGUGAUGCCUUAGAUGAACAGAGCAAAUAUCGUUAAGGUAAAUUUAUUUUCGUAGUUGCACAAAGUUAGAUGCUUGCUUUAGUAUACAAGUUUUUAAUUGUUUUGAGUGUUAGAAUUAUGAAAAAAGUUGCUCAGUACAUCUGUUAUGCCUUGAAAAUAUUGAGAUUGGUACGGUUAAAAAAGAAGAUAUUUUUCAAAGUGUUCGUUAAUAAUAAUUUUUGUUAGGAAAGAAUAUUAUAUCAGAUGUUCUUGUUGCUCAU